GCCGUCUUUGAAACAACGCGUCCUACGUCCUACGCCCUACUAGGGAUGGGAUCUAUUCGCUAGUAGGCCAAAACAAUCCUUACGCACAUGGAACCGGAGCCGCAGCUGGACCCCGUCGUCGAGAGUUCGCCUAAUCAUAAGCAGAAAACUACAAGGCAAAAAAGGACGCAUGGUGCUUGCAGCUUGCUCCAAAGAAGACGAGCAUGCGGGACUAUCUAUCUACUACUAGUCAGGGACGAAGUCCGGACUGUCUGCGCUGCUUGCUGCCAUUACCCGCCCGCACCAACACCAGUACCAGUACCAACACCAGCAUCAGCACCACCAGCACCACCAGCAGCGUCCGUCAGGCACCAGAACCUGUUGCUGCACGUAAUGCGGCGCCACAGUGCAUAUAGGCGUAAAUCGUUGCAGACGGCUGCAGGUGGGUGAAGGGAUUGGAAGCUCUGUGCGAUUCAGGUGAGG